AAAAGAGCUUGGCCAUGGACCAUGCCCGAACGCGACGUGGAUUGCUGGCCUUGGGGGCGCUCCUGCUGUUGCCCGCCUGGGGCGCGCCGCCGCCGAACCUGCUCUUCAUUUUGCUGGACGACUUCGGGUGGAACGACGCCGGCUACCACAACGGCGGGCGGCCGAACGAGGGCUGGACCAGUACGCCGACGCUCGACCGCCUCGCCGCGUCCGGCGUCAAGCUCGAGAGCUACUACACGGCCCCCAUCUGCUCGCCGUCGCGCGCCCAGAUCAUGACGGGCCGCUACCAGAUCCGCGUCGGCAUCCAGCACGGCUGCUACGGCGCGUCGCAGGGCACGGGCCUGCCGCUCGGCGAGGUGACGAUCGCCGACGCGCUGUCGCGGCUCGACUACGAGACCUGGAUGUUCGGCAAGUGGCACCUCGGCUUCGACGAGGCGGCCUUUCUGCCGACGAGCCGCGGCUUCGACUAUCACUACGGUCACUACGACGCCUGCGUGAACGCGUGGAACCACACCGUGGGGAAAACGGGCACGGAGAAGCCGAGGGUGGGCCUCGACUGGCACCGCGACGAGGCGGUCGUCGACGGCGUCCCGCGUCCGCGACGGUUUUCGAGAGGUGACGACGAAACGACGCGCGCGGUAGGUCGUCGACGAGCCGGGCACGCACACGUGCGAGCUCCUCGCCAGAGACGCCGUCGCCAAGCUAACGGCACGCGACGACG